GCGGCCAACGAAUGCUUUGGCGCUCCUAAUAAUGGAAGAUAUAAAUAUAGACUUCAUCGGAAUUCAUUCCGUCGCACUUGCUGGGUAGUUAAAAUUCAUACAGGAUUUGACCAGAUCGUUAAAAAGAAAAUGUAAGAUGUGUAACCAUACUAGCAAUUUUACUGAUUUGGCCAAUUGUACAACAAGUCAAGCAGGAGCUACUAUUUUAUCACCGGUCUUCAUGUCCCUUACGGGUGUACUAGGAAAUAUUUUAGCGCUGUAUAGUCUUUACAAAACACGCACAGACGUACGGACAACAAAGUUCUACAGUCUUAUCAUAGGUCUAGUAUGGACUGAUCUGCUUGGAAUUUUAUUGACGUCACCUUCGGUUGUCAUUACUUACAUCAAUCGGCGCCAUUGGGCUGGGGGAGACGCACAUUGCCGUUUCCAUGGCUUCGCAAUGGCAACAUUUGGGCUCGCGACUCCUCUUAUAAUUUGUGCUAUGGCGGUUGAACGAUUUCUGGCUUUAAGAUGUGUAUUUUUCUACUCGAGCCGAUGCCGCACGGGUACUGCUCGUGGCUGUCUUCUUAUAAUAUGGUUUGGCGUUAUAUCAUAUGGGUUAUUGCCUUUAUUCGGCUUUGGAAAAUACGAAAAACAAUACCCGGGAACAUGGUGUUAUAUAGACUUUCAUUCUGAAAACAUUCUAUUUAAAGUUUAUGGAUACAUAUACGCGUGUACAAACUUAAUUUUGAUUCUGAUGAUUGUGUUAUGUAACACUUAUGUCGUAGUAACAAUCUUUAAAACGAGGUUCAGACGAGACAGUGAAAGUGUAUUUGCUCUAAGUCAUCCUUUACCAGAACAUGAUGGACUUGUGACUGCGCGGAAUCCGCGGAGAAAGUCAAUUGAUGCUGAGAUACAGAUGAUUGUGUUACUGUGCGCUUUAACUGUGGUUUUUACCGUGUGUUGGGCACCAUUAAUGUUACGGAUAAUAAUGACACAGGCUACAGGGAUAAAGAAUGUCUUGUUGGACCUUGCGGCUGUCCGCCUUGCCAGUCUAAAUCAGACACUAGAUCCAUGGUUAUAUAUACUGUUAAGGAGAUCUACUUGCAUGGCAAUUACAAGAGGUGUAAAGGGACUUAAAACAAAAUGUUUAUCUGUUGUAGAAAAGCGAAUCCAUGAGAACGGACUUGAGGACGAUGUUCAGAACAAUGACCGUAAUUCUAUUGACGAAAUUAAGAAUGGCGUUCUUCAAACCAACAGAGAAAACAAAAAGAAUAUUUCUCCACCGGAUGUAACGCAAAAUGUCUGUAGCAUUAACAGGUCGCCACUGCCAGGUAUUACAAAUGCUGUACAUAACAAAGAAAACAAAGACUCUUGUUACGUUUGUCACUUUCAGUUUGGAAAAUCGGUGAAACCAGACGAAGAUAAGGGCAUCUAUAUGAAAGUUUUAUACAUUGACAAUAAGUCGCCAACUAAAAUGUACCAAGGAAGAACUCCCAAAAUACCAGCAUUACGUUAUCAAAGCACACAGGGAAAGUUUGCAGAUAACUUGAAACCUCUUGUGUCCUUGCAGCACAGUGUCCCAGUUACACAUACAAACUGCAGUAAUUGUCCGAAGAAUUCAGAGAUGGAAACCAAAGAAUCAUCAUUAUCUCAAGAUAUCAACGGAGCGUCACAUUUGGAAUAUACCAAGUAUCCCUCGCAUACAAGAUGCGUUCAUGAAAGUUUGAGGAAAACGAAAUCCAGCGAUAAAUAGAGUUGAUCAGACACUGCCAACGAUUGAUUUAAUUAUGCUGCUUUAGUUGACAUGCUAAAUUUCAGUUUGAAUUUCAUGACUUCUUACAACGUUUAAGUGUACUUGAUUUUAUCUCGCCAUAGGACAUAAAAUAACGACAGGAACUUACUGAAACAUGAAAUGCUGAUUUGUCAAAUUGGUGAACGUUUAUUCCGCAAACUGAUUGAUUUUGUAACCCUGAAUAAAGUCCUAGCAGAG